AUGUCGGUGCCGACCGUCGAGAUGGGCGGCCAGAGCCAGGGCUUCCUGCUGAGGGUGGAGCGGGUCGAGCGCGUCGACGAGCGGCGGCUCACGGGGCGCGCGAAGCGGGCAGAGCGGGCGCAGCUGCUCGGGGUGUCGCCGGAGGAGGCGGCGCUGGCCCCCUCCAGGGCGAGGCAGCCCGCGGAGCUGCGCCACACGGACGAGGUCAUGGGGCUCUCGUUCAGCCCGGACGGCCGCUUCGUGGCCACGGGGGGCGAGGACGCCAGUCUGGUCAUCUGGGACGCCGCAGGUGGCUCGAAGGCUGCUGGGAAGAUUCUCGCCGACCCCAUCGUCGCGCUGGCAUAUUCUCCGAGCGGGCUCUACGUGGCGGCAGCGACCACAGGGUCGAGCGUGGUCCUGUGGGGCACGGCUGAGGAACGCGAGGUUGGCCAGAGUGACUUCGGCUGCCCCGUGCUGUCCGUCGCGAUCGGGAAGGGCGAUCUCCUGGCUGUCGGCACCGUCGAGAAUGGGGUCUCGCUUUUGUCCCUGCCGGGCAUGCAGGAGGUCGCGCGGCUCGAGCACGAGGGCCACGUGCGUUGCCUGUCCUUCUCGCCCGACGGCGGCAUGCUGUCUGGUGGGGGGGGCAUUGACGACAUGCACGGCCUCAUGACGAACAAGACCCAGGAUCACGAGAUGAAGACGGUGGUUUGGCGUGUGGCCAACGUCGGGAAGGACUGCAAGUACAUGGGCUCGAUCUCGUUCCACGACAUCGUGCACGCGGUGGCCUUCUCUCCCGCGGGGGCCGUGCUUGCCGUAGGCGGCGAGAACAGGAUGAUAAGCCUGCUCUUGGUUGACCGGGACUUUGACCACGAGUCCCAGCUCGCGUGCACCGCCGGUGUUCGCUGCUUGGCCUGGUCUCCAGACUCGCGCUUCCUGGCGAGCGGCGGCGAGGACAACCAGGUCACGCUCUGGGACGUGCUCGGCGAGCAGAUUGUGUUUCAGACGCCAAAGGCGUCGGACUGGGUGUGCUGUGUGGGCUUCAGCCCAGAUGGUCGCUGGCUGGCCUCCUGCGGCUUCGGGCACCACGAGGCGACGCUGCACCCGGUCGGUCCUGUCGAGGCCCUCGAGGCCGAGACAUGA